ACCGUAGAUUGUUUACUUAGUUUCAUUAACAGUGUCCUCAAGAAUGAACGUAAUUUUACUGCUAACCAUCGCCGGUUUACUGCUGCUGAAAUGGAUUUACUCCCACUUUCGAAAGCGGUACCGAUUCUGGUCGGAACGGAACGUUCCAUACCCGGAGCCGCGCUUUCCAGUGGGCAACGUAGGUGAAACGCUCGGCUCGAAGGUUCACUUCGCUUACAUCGUGGAAGAUCUGUACCGGCAGCUGAAGCAUCACGGUGACUACGCAGGGAUAUUCUUCUUCCGGGAUCCGGUGCUGCUGGUAUUGACGCCGGAGUUUGCUAAGACCGUGCUGGUGAAGGAUUUCAACUGCUUCGUCGAUCGGGGUGUGUACAGUAACGAACGGGACGACCCGUUGUCGGCGAAUCUUUUCUUCCUGGAAGGACACCGUUGGAGACAGUUGAGGGCUAAAUUGACGCCCACUUUCACUUCCGGUCGACUGAAGGCGAUGUUUCAUACUAUUCUGACUGUGGGACAGCAGUUGGAUGAGUUUUUGAUUGAGUAUACGAAAGAAACCGGUGAAGUUGAGGUUAAAGAAUUGUUGGCUAGAUUCACGACGGACAUAAUCGGUUCGUGUGCGUUUGGGAUUGAUUGUAAUAGUUUGGUGAAUCCGCGUUCGAAGUUUCGUGAGAUGGGCAAACGGAUGAUAAAUUUUCCGAAGCUGAAAGCGUUGAAGUUGUUUUUUGCGAUGAUGUUCCGGGAGGCUGCCAGAAAGAUGCGAGUGCGGUUUAACGAUGAAGAUGUGUCGAAUUUUUUCUUCGAGGUUGUACGUGAUACGAUUCGAUACCGGGAGGAAAAUAAUGUUCGGCGCAAAGAUUUCAUGCAGCUGUUGAUUGACCUGAAGAAUAAGGGUGUGAUUGAGGUCGAGGGACCGACGGAGGAAACAGGCGCUGAUCGGCUAGAGAAGCUUACGUUUGAGGAGAUUGCAGCGCAAGCAUUUGUAUUCUUUUUUGCUGGGUUUGAGACUUCUGCUACCACAAUGACUAGCGUGUUGUAUUUGCUGGCCACUCAUGCUGAUGUUCAAGAGAAGGGAAGACGUUGUGUGAAUGAUGUUUUGAGCAAAUAUGGCGGGGAGUUCAGCUACGAAGCUCUGAUGGAAAUGAAUUAUAUUGAUUGGAUAAUUCAAGAGACUCUUCGUCUGUAUCCCCCGGUGGCAAGCAUUCACCGAAUAACAUCGAAACCGUACAAGCUCCCGAAUGGGUCUAUCAUUCCAGAUGGAACAGGUGUGUUAAUUUCGAAUCUGGCCUUCCAGCGAGAUCCGGAAUAUUUUCCCGAGCCGCUUUGCUUUCGACCGGAACGGUUUUCCGAGGAGGAGAAAGAGCGCCGUCAUCAUUUUUGUCAUCUUCCCUUCGGAGAGGGACCACGGAAUUGCAUUGGUAUGCGAUUCGGGCUGCUGCAGAGUAGAAUGGGGAUUGCUUUACUGCUGAGAAACUAUCGCUUCGCGACGUGCCCCAAGACACCGAUUCCGCUGAAAAUCGAUCCAGUUGCGCUAAUUCAGGGACCAGCCGGUGAAGUUUGGUUGGCAAUUGAAAAAAUUCAUUCAUCGGAUAGAAACUGGUUCUCGCCAAAGGCUUCAAACGUGAUGUGGAUCUACUUACUGAUCAUCGCUAUUUCGUUGGCGGUUUGGUUUGUGCGGAAGAAAUACUCCCACUGGGAGCGACUGGGGGUACCGUACAUUAAGCCCCGCUUUCCGUUCGGAAACCUACAGGCCAUCGGCCGGCGCGUUCAUUCGUCCCAGCUAAUGACUCGCUUCUACCGGGAGAUGAAAGGAAAGUACCCCUUUUGUGGGAUUUAUUUUUUCACUAAUCCGGUCGCCCUGGCGUUGGAUUUAGAUUUCGUCAAAAAUGUUCUAGUGCGUGAUUUUCAGUAUUUCCACGAUCGUGGCAUGUACUACAACGAGAAGGAUGACCCCAUUUCGGGGCACUUGUUCAACAUCGAGGGCACCAAGUGGACAAACCUGCGAAAGAAAUUGAUCCCCACCUUUUCAUCGGGAAAAAUCAAAAUGAUGUGUCCAAUGAUAAUAACCGUGGCGGAUCGUUUUCGCGAGUGCAUCGAGAAAUCCGUCAUCGAUAAGUCGGAAGUGGAAAUGAAAGAUCUCCUAGCUCGAUUUACGACCGACGUAAUUGGAACGUGCGCUUUCGGGAUCGACUGUAAUAGCCUAAACAAUCCGGAUGCCGAGUUUCUUCGAAUGGGAAAAAAAGUUUUCGAACUGCCAUCGGGAAGAUUACUAAAAUUUUUCUUCAUGGCUACCUUUAAAGAGUUCGCGAAAAAGGUGCACAUCAAAGGCACAGCGGAUGAUGUGUCGUCUUUUUUCUUCAAGGUUGUCCGAGAGACAAUCGAAUACCGAGAGAAGAACAAUAUCCAAAGAAACGAUUUUAUGAACUUGCUGAUUCAACUCAAACAGAAGGGAGAACUGGAUGAUUCCGGUGAGAAUGUGGGAACGUUGAGUCUCAAUGAGGUGGUGGCCCAAGCUUUCGUGUUUUUCCUGGGCGGUUUUGAGACGUCAAGCACGACGAUGUCAUACUGUUUGUACGAGUUAUCUCUGAACGAGGAUGUGCAAGAAGCGGCCCGACAGUGUGUGCAAGAUGCCAUCGUCAAGCAUGGAGGUUUAAAUUACGAGGCUAUAAUGGAUAUGGAGUACAUUGAACAGUGCAUAAACGAGUCUCUGAGAAAGUACCCUCCGGGGGCAAAUCUGAUCCGCAGUGUAACUAAAGACUACUCGGUGCCCGAUUCCAAUGUGACUUUCAAGAAAGGAAUGAGCGUUAUGAUUCCCGUGUACGCAAUUCAUCACGAUCCAGAGUACUACCCAGAUCCGGAGCGCUACGAUCCGGACCGGUUCAGUGCGGAGGAAAGCGCCCGAAGGAAGCCGUUCACUUUCAUACCCUUUGGUGAAGGACCCCGGAUUUGUAUUGCGGCGCGUUUUGGAAUGCUGGAAACAAAGAUUGGGCUGGCUACGUUGCUGUUGAAUUUUAGGUUUUCCAAGUGCUCCAAGUCCGUUGUACCGUUGGUGAUUUCUCCGAGGCACGCUGUACUGACACCGGCUGGCGGAUUGUGGUUGAAGGUGGAGAAGCUAAAGCAGUAAUACGCUUACAGAAUAUUAUUUGUGAUGUGAUAUUUAUAAUGAAAUUUUAACGUAUUUAUUUUGUUUAAUGAAUUGGGUUUUAAAAUAAAAUAUUUGGUUGCACUUGCAUAGUUUAGAAGUCAA